AUGGUUCAUUUGUUGAGAGUUUUGAAUAGUGAAACAGAAUUCAAUUGUAUUGAACAAAACAAUAAUUUGUCAACGAAAAAGUGUCGGAAACUCGGACGGCAACAAGAUGAAAUCGUUCGUUCUCUUUGUCAUCUUGAAUCCUGCAACUUGCAAGUGAAACGCAUGACUCUCAUCACAGAACAAAAAUCUGAGAAAGUCAAGUCGGAAGUGGAGGUGCAUCGUGCUGUAGCUGAGAAAAUGGCACAACGUGCAUCUGCUUCAAUAAACGCAAGCUUCGAGCAGGUGGACUUGAUUAGGGCAAUAAAUCAUCUUUCUCUUCACAAUUUGAGCCCGAUCACAUCGAUCUCCCUCUCGUAUGAUAAGUGCAUCGAAGAUAGCAUUCACACAGAAAACAAACUGCGCUCAAGCAUAGGAGAAGUCACGGUCUCAAAAGAUAGUCUGAAAAGCGAGAAAGACAGCAUUAUGAAGAUCCAGCAGGCGACUAUUAAAGCGAAAGGGAAAGCUGAGAAAGACAUUUUAAAAUUGCAAGAGGAGGUUAAUCGUCAAAAUGGAAUAAUAACUGCAAUCCAAAGUUCUUCAUCGGAAAUAAAGAAUAAGCUGCACUCCAUUCGUUUGGACGUUGAAGAAGUUGACGGGAAAAGGGCCACUUCCGAAUCAGAGCUGAAUGAUGCUGAAAAGAUUCGGGACACAGUGUUCCAAGAACUGGAGUCAAAUGAAGCAUCGACAGCGGAUGUUAUUUCAGUACUGAAUGAACUCUACUCUAAACUCCAAACAGAGAACAAUGUGAAUGGACUGUCUGUCGGCACUCUUUCAGAUACAGACGAAAUUUCGAAGCUUGCGGAUGAACUGCAAUCGCUCGUUUCAGAAAAUAAGGACUUUCCAGAGACUGACGAUAUUUCGGAAACGGACAGUAUUGGAAAUCUUGAAUCAUCACUUGCUAGUGCCAAGAAAGAGGCGAAAAAUGCUUUGAAAACUAUCGAACAAAUGAGAGAUUACAGUCGACAGUACGCGGUGAUUAACGAGACUUUAUCGAGAAAAAAGUCUGGCAUAGAAGCUGUACGCAAGCAGAUGGUAGAAAACGAAACAGUGUUGAGCGGGCUGAAAGCAGCGGGAAAUUCUGAGAAACUUUCGGACGCCGAAAGUAGAAUUUCGAAAAAAGAGGAGCUUUUUCGACAACUUGAAGCAACCAAAAACGAUAUUCCUGGACCUGAACCGUACCAACAAUACCAAACCCCCAACCAAGCUGCACCAUCCAAAAAACACGAGAAGCAAACUGCGAGAGCCCUCAAAAGAGCUUCAAUCGCCUCAGGUUCCACUCGAAACAUCAGCACCAAUGUUCCUCAAUAUCCGGGCAUUAAACUUCUUGGCCAGGAGAACACGGAUAUGGAAUCUAUUCCACCACACAGAGAAUCAUCUGAACAGCAGAACAAAACGAUGAAUUCGGACUUAGAUCUAUCCAUAUCCGAUGAUAGCGCUACCACACAGGAUGAAUCAGCUAUCAAUGGAAUCUUCAGUCCUCUGAACAACGAAAAACGGGCUUCGUCGCCGCCUGUGGAGUUUUCUAUGGCUGCACAUAUGACCGAAUUCAGUCAGAGGCAGGCCAAAAUGAAGGCUAUCCAAUCGAUCAAAAAUGCUGAGGUUUCAAAGGACGAUAUUGACCAAGAUGAAGAAAACGAAUCAAAACUUUCAAUCGACUUGGAUGUAUCUGCGAUUGAUUCAGAGGGCGAGGAUGAAGAUGCGGACGAUGACGAUGAUGAUUUGUUUGCUCCGGAUGACGAAGAUAUGGAUCAAUCUGCAUGGGGAGAUGACGACUGA